GAGGAUACCUCCCGGCACGGCACCGAAGUACCGGACAGAGCUGGUUCGCCCGCAUUGCCGUAUUCGUCUACCAGCGUGUCAGGUCUAUUCAGCGAGCCAUUUAGAGAACGUACUUUCGGGGUCGGAGUGUCCCAACGUCGACUUCACGGCUCGCGAGAGAGUUUCAAUUUCGACGGACGUCACUUUUGUCGGAGGAAUCAUCGCAGCCCCUACGUCGUCGUCGAAUUGGAGAACUGUUUUCCCGCGCUCGGCACGAAGUCGAUUUUCACCUGUUAAACGUGAUUUUCUCUCUUUCGCCUCCUCUUUCUUUCGACGUGACCUAUUUGCACAAAUCCCAUGGCACAAAUGAUGAAAGGGCGUCAUCAGUUUCGUCGUCGCUUCAGCCUACAACCUUCGGCGCACUUGAAAGAAGGACAAGAGGACGGAACGACGCCGAAGAAUGUCAGAAAUGAAAGACUGACGGAGUCCGACAGUGGUGGUGGAAAAUCGUCUGAGAGUUCUAUUCGACACAAAAUAGUGGUGAUGGGCGCAGCGAAAGUCGGCAAAUCAUCCAUUAUUCAUCAGUUCCUCUAUAGCACCUUCACCCCAAAAUACAAGCGGACCGUCGAGGAGAUGCACCACGGAGAUUUCAAUGUUUCCGGGAUCCAACUGACGCUGGACAUUCUCGAUACGUCCGGCUCAUACGAGUUCCCAGCAAUGAGAGAUCUCUCCAUCAAAUCAGCAGACGCCUUCGUUUUAGUUUACGAUGUGAACGACUCUAGUACGUUUCACGAAGUAAAAACCCUCCGAGCUCAGAUACUCAGCACGAAAGGAGCAAUUCCAAUUGUGGUCGUCGGCAAUAAAAUUGAUCUCGUAGAUCGGGAACAAGAGGUGGAGACCGAAAGCACGAGAGAGCUGGUAACUACAAAAUGGGAAAACGGAUUUGUGGAAGUGUCCGCAAAGGAAAACCUGAAUAUCUCUCAGGUAUUUAAGGAACUUCUUAUCCAAGCCAAGUUAAAGUACAAUUUGAGCCCGGCAUUACAACGUCGCCGUCGGCAAUCUUUGCCGCCUUCGCAGCAACAUCCGAACUCACGCAGCAGUAGUAGUACCCAUGUGCCGUCCCCAGCUCAGCUUCAACAUCUGCAACAAAUUCGCGAGCGCUCCGAUUCCAAAAGGAAUUCCUGUAUCCUGUCGUAAGAAGGGAUCGAGAACUCCUUGGUAUUACCGCGAAAAAUCUUACUUGAUGAUUCCAUCGAGUCGAUACCGAAUCAAUUGAUGUGUCCAGUCCCGCAAAGUUAUCCAAUUGUUACAUACGGCGGAUGAUGAAUUGACCUGAAUUUACUUACGAACUAUGGAUAUGAUAUAGACUUUGCAGGUUGUCGAUUACGCGGAAUUUGGAUAGUUCACGCAAAUCCGUGAAAAAUGUCUCGACAAUUCGGUAUUCGUCCAUAAAGUAUGAAUUACAAAACAUUUAAGCGAGACUACGAGAAUACGUGUAUUCAGAAAAAUAUUCAGGAAAACUUUACUCUCUCCUUCUCUCUUUGGUGUCAUUUCAUUUAUGGACCUUCUGUACAAGCAAUUAAACUUUAAUGAAGAACGCAAAAUGUGUGUUGUAUAUUAUAUAAAAAUAUAGAUAUUGGUAAAU